UUGUAAGCAAAAUUCCUCACAAAUGUGCCCGGUACAAAUGUGAGGAAAAAGUGGUUCCUGUGGUUCACCGCCAGAUGGCGCACCGGGCAGCGACUGACGCCGGCGUAACGUGAUUUCGCGCCGAUCAGCUGACACAACACAAGCAACACAACAAUUCACGUGUUCACGUGUGAGAAUUGAAUAAUUGAAUUUACGUUGAUUUACAUUCCCUCGUGCUCCUGCCCAAACUCAGACGUUAUUUUCACCUGUUCAGUAAAGUAAAGUGCAAGUGUGUUCUAGUGGAUCGCGGCCACUUCAAUCUAACAGAUUUGCAAUGGAUCGCCAAGUUGAUGGCAUUGUAUCUAAUAUUUUGUCAAGUCCUCAGCUUCGUAAUAUAUUGGAAGACGCAGUAAGAGGUGCGACAAGUGAACAUAAUGCCUCAACUACCUCCAUACAAUCAGUUUCUAAUGUACCUGUUACAUCAGUUAGAGAGGAAAUACACCGAUUGUUCCCAACAAUCAGGGCCAAUUCAGCAGCUCCACAGAAUUGUGUCAAUCAGGCAUCGAUGACCAAUGUAGUACGAACGUCUGUAAAAAAACGAAGACGUACUAUUGUUGAAAAACCUUUUUAUCGAGACAUUAUAUUACUUCAAUCAUCAAAAAUAAAUUCGACACUCAAAGGGCUACAAAAAUCUAAAGCAUAUGAAGAAGGUUUUGCUUUCUCGAAUGCAAAGUUCAACUCAAACUGGAGCUAUGAAGAAAUUGUUGCUUCUAUUAAAGACCUUUUUCAGCAUAUUCUUGAUGGGCAAGACUUUGAACUAUCGGUCCCUAUGAGUGGACAUUUAGUAAGACUCAAUCUCCCACCCGGGGUUGAGUGUGAUGGAAGAGCAAUUAAGUCCAGGUUUUAUCAGAAGGUAAUCUACGUUAGACCAUUCGUCCCAUUGUUGAGAAUGGGUAAUUCCGAAGUGACACCUACAACUGAUGACGAAUAUAAUGAUAAUAACAAUAAUUUAGACGAAUUUCAAGAAUACCCUGAAGAUAUGCAUGGGGCCCCAUCACCAAACCCAGAUGGAAAUGAAUCAAUUAUAGCAGAAAAUCAUAAUAUAGAAGAGAUUGCGGCCACCUCAAAGGAAGGGUGCGAGUCUCAAAUAUCCCUUACAAUAUUGUUGAAGCGUUUGAAUGAACAGGUAACAGAAGAAAGUGUUACCUCGUUUAACGUCUACAGAAAUGAUAUAUUUACUUGCUGUUUGCGAGCACUCAAAAGGUCCUCGUUCUCCGUUUUCAAUAAAAUAUCCGUGAAGUUCAGUGAUAUUGAAGGCUUAUCAGAAGGUGCAGUGGACGCUGGUGGACCAACUCGAGAGAUGUUCAGAUUGGUUCUGAAUAGAUAGUCGCAUGUUUUUCGGACUGGACAAGAAAUACAUGCGACUAGACUUAGAUGCUAUGAAUA